UAAUUUCUCUCUCCGAUUGCUGCAAUUUCAUAGCUAACUCUUCUUUGCUUCUUUCUUGUUUUAAUUUCAUGUCUUUACCAAUAACAACAAUGUGAAAGCUUUGUUUGUUUCAUGUUUAACUUCAGUUGCUAUUGUCUUAUGCUCUCUCAUUAUUAAGCUUAAAUUGCUGUAUUUUCUUCGAUGAUCACUUCACAUGUAUCAGCAAUUGCUAAUUGAUUGUUCCUUAAUUUCUGCAGCUUCCAUGACAGAGCCAGAGUCUUCUCGCAGUAGACCGGUAGGGGCCUAUGAAGUCUUCUUGAGUUUUAGAGGAGAAGACACUCGCAAGACAUUUACAGAUCAUCUAUAUGCUGCCUUAGAUCAAGCAGGAAUCCGCGCUUUUCGAGAUGAUGAUGAACUUCCGAGAGGAGAAGAAAUCUCCGAUCAUCUCCUCAGGGCAAUUCAAGAAUCAAAGAUAUCCAUAGUUGUCUUCUCAAAAGGAUAUGCUUCUUCUAGAUGGUGUCUCAAUGAACUUGUAGAGAUUCUUGAGUGCAAAAAGAGGAAAACCGGUCAGAUUGUUCUUCCUAUAUUCUAUGACAUUGAUCCUUCAGAUGUGAGAAAACAGAACGGCAGUUUUGCAGAAGCAUUUGUUAAACAUGAAGAGCGUUUUGAAGAGAAGUUGGUGAAGGAGUGGAGAAAAGCUCUUGAGGAGGCUGGAAAUCUAUCUGGAUGGAAUCUCAAUGAUAUUGCAAAUGGGCAUGAAGCAAAAUUUAUCAAAGAGAUUAUCAAGGAUGUGUUGAAUAAAUUAGAUCCCAAGUACUUAGAUGUUCCUGAGCUCCUAGUAGGUAUGGAUCGGCUUUCUCGCAAUAUUUUUUACUUUCUAACUACUGCAACACAUGAUGUACGCAUUGUGGGCAUACAUGGGAUGCCAGGAAUAGGAAAGACAACUAUAGCAAAAGUUGUAUUUAAUCAACUCCGCUAUAGAUUCGAGGGAAGCUGCUUUCUUUCGAAUAUCAAUGAAACAACAAAACAAUUCAAUGGUCUGGCUCUUUUACAAGAGCAACUUCUUCUUGAUAUUUUAAAACAAGAUGUUGCUAACAUCAAUUGUGUCGAUAGAGGAAAGGUUCUGAUCAAAGAACGACUUCGUCGCAAAAGAGUUCUUGUUGUUGCUGAUGAUGUGACUCAUCAGGACCAGCUAAAUGCUUUGAUGGGAGAGCGAGGUUGGUUUGGUCGCGGAAGUAGAGUAAUUAUUACAACAAGAGAUUCAAGUUUUCUACAUAAAGCGGAUCAAACAUAUCAAAUCGAAGAAAUGAAACCAGAUGAGUCCUUUCAACUUUUCAGCUGGCAUGCCUUGCGGGACACCAAGCCAGCAGAAGAUUAUAUUGAGCUUUCGAAGGAUGUAGUUGAUUACUGUGGAGGAAUUCCUUUGGCUCUUGAGGUUAUGGGUGCUUGUCUGUCCGGGAAAAACAGAGAUGGUUGGAAAUCUGUAAUUGACAAAUUGAGAAGAAUUCCAAACCGCGAUAUUCAAGAAAAGCUUAGAAUAAGUUUUGACGCACUGGACGGUGAAGAACUACAAAAUGCAUUCCUUGACAUCGCUUGCUUCUUUAUUGAUAGAAAGAAAGAGUACGUCGCAAAAGUGCUAGGAGCCCGUUGCGGUUACAAUCCAGAAGUUGAUUUGCAAACUCUCCAUGAAAGGUCUCUGAUUAAAGUAUUGGGAGAGACGGUAACCAUGCAUGAUCUAUUACGAGACAUGGGAAGGGAGGUCGUUCGUGAAAAGUUUCCAAAACAACCUGGAAAGAGGACCAGAAUUUGGAAUCAAAAGGAUGCAUGGAAUGUACUUGAGCAGCAGAAGGGUACGGAUGUCGUAGAGGGUCUUGCACUGGAUGUCAGAGCAUCAGAAGCUAAAUCACUUAGCGCAGGAUCAUUUGCAGAAAUGAAAUGCUUAAAUUUACUCCAAAUCAAUGGAGUUCAUCUCACCGGAUCCUUCAAACUGCUUUCUAAAGAGUUGAUGUGGAUUUGUUGGCUUCAAUGUCCUUUGAAAUAUUUUCCAUCUGAUUUUACCUUGGAUAAUUUAGCUGUUCUUGAUAUGCAGUACAGUAACCUCAAAGAACUAUGGAAGGGAAAAAAGAUUCUCAACAGGCUAAAAAUCCUUAAUCUCAGUCAUUCUCAGCACCUUAUUAAAACACCAAACUUACACAGUUCAAGUCUAGAGAAAGUAAUUCUGAAAGGUUGCUCGAGUUUAGUUGAGGUGCAUCAAUCAAUUGAAAAUUUGACGAGCCUCGUUUUCUUGAAUCUCAAGGGAUGUUGGAGGCUGAAGAAUCUCCCUGAAAGGAUUGACAAUGUAAAGUCUCUUAAAACCCUGAAUAUUUCUGGGUGUUCACAACUUGAGAAAUUGCCGGAACGCAUGGGUGAUGUGGAAUCCUUAACCGAGCUGCUAGCUGAUGGGAUUGAAAAUGAGCAAUUUCUCUCUUCAAUUGAACAAUUAAAGCAUUGCAGAAGGUUAUCAUGGCGUGGAGACAGUUCGACGCCACCAAGUUCUUCUUUGAUUUCAACAGGUGUUUUGAAUUUGAAACGUUGGCUGCCAGCAUCUUGCAUUGAAUGGAUAUCAGUGAAACGUCUUGAGCUUUCUAAUAGUGGUUUGUCUGAUCGCGCAACUAACUGUGUUGAUUUCAGUGGUUUGUCUGCUCUAGAAGAAUUGGAUCUAACAGGAAACAAAUUCUCUAGGCUGCCUUAUGGGAUCUGCUUCCUUCCCAAGCUAAGUGAUUUGUCUGUUGAGGGAUGCAAAAAUAUUGUAUCAAUCCCAGAUCUUCCCUCAAGUUUAACGCGUUUGGGUGCAUCUUAUUGCAAAUCAUUGAAAAGAGUAAGAAUACCAAGCGAGCCAAAAAAAGAACUAUUUAUAUUCCUAGAUGAAAGUCAUUCAUUAGAAGAGUUUCAGGACAUCGAAGGUCUAAGUAAUAGUUUCUGGUAUAUUUUUGUUGAUGACCGCAGUCAUUCACCAAGUAAAUUACAGAAGAGCGUUGUAGAGGCAAUGUGCAACGGUCGUCACGGGUAUUUUAUUCGCCACACUCCUGGUCAGAUGCCAAACUGGUUGAGCUACAGUGGAGAAGGAUGCUCAUUGUCAUUCCAUAUACCUCCAGUCUUCCAUGGCUUAGUUCUUUGGUUUCAUAAGGAUGAUAAGGACACUUACGAUAAAGUUAUUAUAAGAAAUAAUAGCAAUGGAAGAUUACUGUUUAAAUCUACGACAUGGUAUUAUCAUCCAAAAACUGGAUGUAUAAGAUACAUAAGUAGAAGUAAAAUGGCAAUGAAAAAUUACUGUGCAGAUGACGAAUUUGAACUAUACAUUUCUUCAUCACUGGAAGCAUGGCGCAUCGGUCAUUCAUUUGAACCCGCACCCAUUAAAGAAUGUGGGGUCCAUGUGAUUGCAGGGAAGUCAGAUUCAUUUGAAGAGUCAGAAGUGGAAAGAGAUACAGUGAUGCCUUCACCAUCGCUGUAUCAUCUGCUUCCUCAUCCUCAUUGUGGUUCGAUUACAGCGUCUACACCUAAGCAAUGGAUUGACUUUUUAUUUGCGAAGCUGCAAGAACAUAGCAUCAGUUUAUCGCUUUAUGAUCGGUCUUCCUCCUCUCUUUUCAAAUCUGCCGCAUCUGGAGCUGGGCCUUACACGCGCCGCCGGCGACGAGCCAGGCAUGUGGACGGCAGGAUCAACAACUUCCCUCUGCCUCCUUCAUUUCCACACCGGCGGUGUCGUCCACCGCUGCCACGGUUGGGAGAUCGACUGGCUGAGAAGAGGUGGGGCUGCCAACUGGAGGAAUUGGGUUGAUGGUCUUCCUUCACUGCUGUUGUUCGUGGGUUUUGCUGCUGGAGCUGGGUCGGAGCUGCGGGCGCAGCCGUGCGUGGAGGAGGAGCUGGAGACGGCGCCGCUGUGAUGAGGAGACGCUGCUGCUGGUGGCAGAUCUGUGGAGGAAAGGGAGGGGCGCUACUGGCCGGUGAGGAGAUGACGAAGAGAGUGGGGGCUGUUGCUGGGUUCGGCUGGAAAAGAAAAAUGGUGGAACCGACUGAAGAAGAAAAACAAAGGAGAAUGGGGUGGCUUGGUUUCUUUGGCCGGCCAGCAGAAGGGAGAGCUGUGGCUUGUGCCGGCUGGGUGAGGGAGAAGAAAAAAAAUGUAGCCAGCGGGAGGGGGCUGUCUGUCCAGUUGCGGGAGAAGAGAAAAAAAAUUCAAAGGGGAGGGCCGGCUGUGCAGUUGAGGGAGCAGGAGGUGUAGCGGCUGCUGACUUCUAUGGAUGAAGAAGGAGAACAAGCCGGUUGGGAGAGGAGAGGAUAAUCAACCGGCUGUGUGGGGAAGAAAGUUUCCAACCAGGGGGGCUGCUGUUUUGGGUGAGGCGGCUGGUGUGGAAAAAAUCAAAGGCAAAGGGUGGGGCGGCGGCUCUCCUUGAAAGAAAGAUGGGUUUAGGGUUAGGGUUUUUUGUAUUUUUUUUUUUUAAGUUGUCAAAAUUGCCCCCCCCCCUUCUGAAAAUUCAGUGUAGCAUGGUAUUUAUAGGAAAAGUUUUGCUAGGUUUUCAAAUUAGUCCCUUAACUUUUCCUUUCCUUCUCUUUUCCUCUUUUUUUUGUAAAUUUUGAUUUUUUUUAUUUUUUUUGUAUUUUUAAAAGCGAGCAAAUAUCAACGUCGACUCAAUGUGGAAAAUCAAUGAUUUUAAAAAUAACGCGUUAAAAGUUGAACGCGUUCCAAAUGUCUUUGAAAAUUUAAAUUCUUUUGAGACGAUGCUAAAAAAUGCUAAAAACGAUGCAAAUGUAUUAAAAAUG